AUUCGUACUCACCCGAUAUAGAUAUACUCUUCUCUAUCUUAACAAAUAACUAUACCGACACCCAACAAUCUUUAUAUAUACAGACAUACACAUAUACUUAUAAAUAUAUAUAGCAAAUGGCGGUGGAGAGCUAUGAAAUUUUCGCCGGCGGCGACGAACUGCCGGAAGGUUGCAUAGCUAACGCGCUAUCGUUAACGAGUCCGAAGGACGCGUGCCGGCUUUCGGUUGUGGCUUCAACUUUCCGGUCGGCUGCUGAAUCUGACGCCGUUUGGGAACGGUUUUUGCCGCCGGAUUAUGGUGACAUCAUUUCCCGGUCCAUUGACGGUCUAGAUUUACUCGCGGUUGGUUCGAAGAAAGAGCUUUACUUGCACCUCUGUGAUCAUCCUAUCCUCAUUGACGGUGGCAGCAAGAGCUUCUCAUUGGAGAAAUGGAGUGGAAAGACAUGUUACAUGUUAGCCGCAAGGUCGCUUAAGAUUGUUUGGGCUGACACGCCUAGAUAUUGGAGAUGGAUUUCCCUUCCGGAGUCCAGGUUCUCAGAAGUUGCUGAGCUUCUUGAUGUGUGCUGGUUUGACCUUUCUGGCAAAAUAAACACCAAUAUGCUCUCAGCUGACACUAGAUAUGGCGCUUACCUCGUCUUCAUGACAAAAUCCAGGACCUAUGGAUUUGGAAACCAAGCUGCAGAGAGCUCAGUAGGUAUUAAUGGGCAUGAAAGGGAAACACACACAGUUUAUUUGGACCCUCAGGGACAGGGAGGUCGGAGACACAGGUACCAAGUAGUCCCGAGACGCUUAGGAAUAUUCACCCACCACAUGGCUCAUAUAUUGAGACACGAAGUGGAUACACCCUAUGAAUCGGAAGGCCGUUAUCCGAAGCAGAGAAGUGAUGGGUGGAUGGAAAUUGAAUUGGGAGAAUUCUUUGUCAAGAGGGGGCAAGACGCUGAACUGGAGAUGAGCUUGACAGAGUUGAAGGGAGGUAACUGGAAAAGUGGCUUAAUUGUGGAAGGGAUUGAUAUCAGGCCUAAGGAGGGCAAAUGAUUUAUUUUAUUAUGGAUAUGGAAUGAGCAGGUGUUCAAAGUGCACCUGCUCAAAAUAGAUGUAUGUAUAGCGCACUUGGUUUUAAUGUUUUAUUGUAAUGCUUCUCUUCUGUCGCAGUAAUAAUUUGUUUCAAUUAUUUUGUCUUAGCUCGAAUGUGGCUGUCUCUAUCAUUGUAUGCAUUUGGAUCUCGAAUGUGGCUGUUUCUACCAUUUUAUGCAUUUGGAUCUUGAUUAGAUAUGGA